AUUGUAAAGAUAUGUGAGAACGCUGGCUGCCGAGUUUGUAGUGCACGCGCGAGAGACACGGCUGAUGCCUGGCCCGGAGCCCUAACGCCUUCACCGCUGUCCGAGCCCUCUCCUUUGACGGUGACAUCUCGAAACUCUGGCUCAGAGACCCCCACCACCGCUUCCCACAACCGCCUUCUGACGUCUCAAAUUGGGCUAACACCGUUCUGCUCCAUUGGACCGAGUAGUUUGUUGUUAUUUGUUGUAUCAUAUUUUAUGUCAUUUGCUCCACUUUGACAAGUCCCAUCGAUGCCCACCAUUCCGCCUGAGCCGUUUGACGCGUCGCAGUACGUGCCUAUGAUAGAUGCAAUCUUAUCAAAGGCCGACCUGGACCAGAUCACCGCCCGAAGAGUUCGAAACGCGAUACAAUCAAUAUACGAUGUUGAUUUCACUCCGUUUAAGAAGCAAAUAGAUAGCGUUAUAGUCGAUCGCUUCAACGUGAUCCAGGACUCGCUGGAAGAUACACACGCGCCCGCCAGCUCAAGCAAAAUGACAGUCAAAAAGGAGCACACGUCAUCAAGUCGGCCCUCAUCCGCCGCCUCGGUAUCGAAGAAAGCGACAAGCAGUACCUCGUCGCAGACAAAGUCACGAGUCUCGCUGACGGAUGCCGAAAUCGCUGAACAGCUUCACAAAGAGCUUAAUCAAGGACGAGGAGGUCGCGUGUUGGGCACCACAAGGACAAAACGAAGCAAUGCGUCUAGCAACAGCAGCAGCGGAGACGGCAAAAAGAGGAAAGUUAAUAGAAAUAACCCUUUCAAUGCUCGGAUGCUGCUGAGUGAGCCAUUAGCAGAACUACUGGGACAGACCGAGCUCUCGAGACCUGAAUGUGUGAAAGCGAUCUGGGCUUAUAUCAGGGAGAACGAUCUUCAAAACCCGCGCGACAAGCGCGAGAUUCUCUGCGACGACCGGAUGCGUCCCGUGUUUGGUGACAAGACGCACAUGUUUACCAUGAACAAAAUACUUGGCAAGCAUCUCUACAGGCGCGAGGACGUCACCGGUGCAUCCUCCGAGGUUAUGGAUAACGAUGAGAUCGUCAGUAGCGACGAAGACGAGGAUGAUGAGGAUAUCGGAGCGAUUCUGAAAGGGGAGUGAGACCUGGGACCUCUUCCACGGCGUAUAAUUUUGAUUCCAGAGCAUUUCCAGUUUCUUUUUUUCACUUUUUGAGAGUCUUUUUGGUCGUUAGAACUUUGGGUGUUUGUGGAUUUUUUCAGUUCUUUGUGUUCUGUACAAAUGAUGGGCUGUAUUCUCUCUCUCUGAUGUGCUUUUAAUCCCUCGCCCUGCUUUAACAUUGUACAAUAUGCUAGUUGAGUUUUGAACCAGUCUCUGGGGAAUUAAAAGUAGAGCGCUAUUUGAUCUGAUUCUACUGAAUAGUGACUGAUUUUCCUUUCAUGAAUAGUUUGUGUAGCAGCGGCAGUAUAGAUUACACUAGCGUUCAUAUCGUUACUCUGCAUUUUUCAAGCCCGAAUCCACUAUUCGCGAUAUUUAUUAUUUAAUCAAAGAGAUUUCGAGUAGAACACAAUACGAUUUGAAGGAGUGCAGCG